CCCACCUUCACUUCUCACUCCUCCAUCCCUCCUUCCUUUCGGCCCCCAUCUCUUUCUUCCGUCCGUUACUCCUUUUUUUUUUUUUGGAAACGAACAAUAGGACCACAGGGCAUAAAAAACAAUUGCUACCAUCCGUUUUCUCAGCCUUGAACCUGUGACCAGAGCAGAAAAUAUUCAGGAGUGCUUCGUAUUCUACACCAACACCUCGCACAUAACACGCUUUUUUUCGUUUUUAUUUUGCUUUGAUGCACUAUUGGGCUGCCUCUUCCUCACCCUCACUUUCACUAUCACGCUUCCUUUCACUCUCAACGAUACCACUAAUCCUCAAUUGCGAUUGCAGCUGCAUCCCUAUCAGCGAUAUCGACAGCAGCAGCACUGAAAGUACUUGUAUCGACUGCCAUCAGACACACCUCCAAGUGGAACUACCACAAGGUAAAAUUGCUCGACCAUCCAACUGCCACUGUGUCCCACCCCCUUGGGACCGGCGCACUUUGCAUUCAAAGGACUUAUCCAUAAGGGGCAUUAUCAUUGAAGGGUUGGUGAUCUUGCAGCAACCGAACCGCUUUUGGGAGGGCGAGGACCGGGAGGUGUUUGUUGAUCAUGCUGGCACGUCUUUUUUGUACUGCUGUAGCUAUGGUCGUUGUUAUUUGUCAUACUACAUUCCCAUUCAUGCUUAGGCAGUGGUCUUUUAUGUUCGGUUGAAGUUGAGGGCACACCGCACCUCGCCUUUUGAAUAUAUCUUUUUAGUCAGAUAUGCUGUUUCUGCAGUCAUGGUCAGCAGCAUGGAUACGCUUUUCAUACAUCGGAGGAGGGGGGAAUAUCCACUGGGGACCACCGAGAGCUGCUCUG